AAAGGCCAGUUUGGGAGAUCUGCGGCAAGAUACACGAUCCGAGUCAGUUGCGAAUUUGUCGAAGGUCCCAGAAGCAGACCCGAUGACGACGAUGGACACGCCGGCCAUGAGGACGGACGAGACGACCUCGAUGACCAUGAUGAUGAACACCAUGCACGGUAGCAUGGCCUACGACGCCGACGCCGACGCCCUCGGCAACGGCAACGCGACCGGCAGCUUUGUCACGAAGCUCUUUGCGAUGGUCGAGACGGAGCCCGACUCGGUCGUGACGUGGAUCCGCGAGGGCACGGCCUUUUGCAUCGUGCAGCCCAAGGUGCUCGCCGAGACGUACCUGCCCAAGUACUUUCGCCACGGCCGAUUCUCGAGCCUCAUCCGUCAGCUCAACUUUUACAGCUUUUACAAGGUGACGGAAGGCAGCUCGAUCAUUUACCAGCACACACACUUUCGCCAAGGCCGCCCGGACCUGCUCCCGAACAUUAAGCGACGAGGCGCGGGCAAGGCCAAGGACCCGUGGGUCGACCCGCUCAGCAGCAAGCAGCGCUACGACACCGACGCGCCCGGGUACACGUCGGGCAGCGUGAACCCGACGGCGUCAGGUAUGCCCGGCCGCGACGACCAGUGCUCGUCCCCGCUGAGCAAACCACUCUCAGGACUGCAGAACCCGUCGAUGCUCUUGAACGACAAUAUGUCGCCGGCGUUGAAGCCGGGCAUGGCGCCCUGCGUUGUGCCGCCGAUGGUCGACAUGCACGGCCGAGCCGACUUGGGCAAGGUCAUGAUGAAGACGAUGCGCCCGCAUCACAUGGCCAUGAGCCACGCGGCGAGCAUCUACGGCACGGGUCUCGGCUUCCAAGACAGCGCCACCAACAUCACUUUGGUGCCGACGCGGUCCGCUGACUCCAUGAAGCCGCCGCUUUGGAAGAGCCCGGUCGAAUCGAGCUUCAACGUCAAGCAAGAGAUGUCGUUCUUCACGCACAUCCCGUACAAGCAGCCUACGAAGCAAGAGAUGGACGAGAACGACGUUAUCGACAACGCUAUUCUUGACGACCUUACCUUCGGCGACGACAUCAAGGCGGAGCCCGCCACAGACGCCCGGCCCACUGUCUCCGUGGACCCACGAUCAGUUGUGCUCUCACGCAACUGCCUGAAGCUGCCUACAGGCAUCCAGUUGCCCGUCAGCGCCCCGACCGUCAUUGACACAUCGAUGCUAUUUGGCGCCGACGACGACACGUGGGAGGUUCCCCUCUCGCCCCUCAACGACCCCGAAGACAUUCCGUGGUUGGACUUGUCAUUUUGAAUUGCGCCUUGCGUCUUUACACGUAUACAUAUUUACGAGGUAUUAAUAUUUAGUUAAGUUAAUAAGUAGUAUGAAUUAACUAACCUAUUGUGCA